UAAUUAUUAAUUUCUUAGGGGGUCCUCGGUCCUCUACUAAACUGUUGCAACACAGUCUACAGUCUACAAGCCUCGUCUCGUCAGCAAUGCUACACUUUACAUACUACUUGCUACUCACCCAUUAAUCCAUUCACUCACCUUUCUUCUAAUUCUUUAACUUGCCACCCCUUCCAUCCGGUUGGCUCUACCAUAUCCUGCAAUCAAUUUUGCGACGGGCCAAUUGAGUGUGCGAUUUCGGUAAAAAGCCUUGAGAAGCGUCGUCGGGAAGACCCGAGUCUUCCUCUUCUUUUGUUCUAUUUCUUGUUAAUGGGUUUGGCUGUUUGACUUCUCCGGUUCUCCUACUAAAUACAAAACGUGCGAGAAAGACAGCGUCUUUCCCUUUCUCAGCCAUCCGCUUUCUUGCAAUAUGCUGCCUUAAUCCUUAAUGUACCAAGUCGAUUUUGUACCCGACCUGUCGCUUGCUGUGCGCGAUCGUACAGACCAAGCCGCGGCAGAACCCCGACGUAUCGCGCAACCUGCGCCGUAACGACGACAAACGGCGCAAUCCAGUAUGGAGGGUACUCUACUCGUUCCCCCAGAUAGGGGUACUAUAAUUGGUAGAGCCGUAUGGAAGCCCCGAUAUCUCGUCAUCGGCCCGCAAAGGGAUGCUUUCCCGUCAAAUACCGGCUUCUCUCAGGUUGCUGCUCGUAUCAAGGACGCUGGGAGCCGAGCAUCGAAGGCGCAGCCGCAACUGAGGCCACAAUCGGAUGCGAUCUAUUUGUCGAUAUAUAAAUCUCGGGAUGACUGGGAGCCGGUUCAACAGCACUCAAUAGCGUCUAUUACGGAAUCACAGGUUCAGAUGAUCGCCCAUCGCAAACAGGGACCAGUACUGCCAACCCUCGCUAUUCAGAUAUCGCCGGAUCCAGCCACUGACAAGUUGCGAAAACGCCGUUCGAGCCGAACUGCAGGACUGACUACUACUAAGGAUUCGGGUCCGACGACAUUGUGGUUCCGUCUCGGCGAUGAUCGCACUUAUACGCUAGAGGAUUGGUCCCGUUACAUACAAUCGAUAAUACAGCCCGAGGUUCCUGGCCGACAUCCGAUAAGUCCAAUUAGCCCGACGUCGCCAACCUUCAUUAAUCCAUUCGCUCCUGCAGUUCGGGAUUAUGCCGCCACGUCGAGCGGCAGCUCUUCCAAGACACGCAGGAGGAUGACCACCAAAUCGUCUAGUCAUACGUAUGGAUCUAGUCGAGAAGCUAACGUUCCUUAUACUUCCGCGGGGUCAGCUAGCAUACGUUCCGGCCGUAGUGAUAUUUCGUCUUCCCACGCUAGUUCGAUGGCUCCUGUUGCCACGGCAUACGCAGCGCAGCAUUAUACAACGGUCCACCCUUCCGACCUCCCGUCACCUGCCACAACAGUUGGGGAAUAUCAUGAUCAAUUCAUCGAGGGAUGGACAUCUGCGCAGGGACGGUCGUCUACCUUGAGUUCCCCCAUCAGAGCCAGAGAAAGCAUUGGCUCUUCGCCUGGCCAAUUCCAGCCCAGUAUCUAUUCCGGCUCGCCCCCGGCACCUCGAGAGACCAUUCUGGACAGAGCAUUUCAGCUGCGGUGUAUUCCUGGUUCGGACCGUGAAGUUCCAGGAGAGGAAAAGCUCAGCUCCAUUGCCCGGUUUGAAGCACUGAUGCGUCAGGCGGAGGAACGCCAGAGAGCCUUCGAGAAAGAAAAGUCAACGGUAACGGGGAAACAACCACUGAAGAGUACCUGGGAAGAAGACGAAAGCGACGAAGAGAAUGGUGCUGGUGAGGAAGAUGACGAUAGUGACGAGGAUGCAUUUGAACAGGAUCUAGACAAUGAUGAGAUCGGACCGUCUGCGCAGAAGGCACUUCAGUUCAUUGCUAAUCGUCAUAGCGGGAGGUCGCAGUGGUCGCAAUCGAGUAGUAGGACCGUAUCCAAUAAUCAAGACUCGGGACCGGCCAUCCUCCGACCGCAUACCGCGCAUUCAAGGCUAAGACCUACGGCCCAGCGAACAAGUAGUCAACCGCAGAUCCCUGCGGCGGCGCUUGAGAUGUCAGCUAUCCCUAGUAGGGUACAGGAAGAAGGUGUGACCCGACGAAACCACGAGAAACGUCACUCGACAUCUGAUGUAAAACGUCUUAGCUUUAACGAGUUCACGAAGCGAUUGAGUGGCACCAGUAGCCUGUUACUCGUACAGACCAAUGCCAGCGCCAACAGCAGCCGAGGAAGUAGCGACAUCGACGGAGCUCAACAGACGACGCCACCAAGGGCCGGCGCACUGAGUCCGAGAGGUGGAGCGUUAUCACCGACCGACCGAGACGAACGCUGUCGGUGGCGGGGCAGCGUUGGCGUGUUCGGCGCCAACGAAGGCGGAUUCUUAUAAGACGGGCAUUGCGUUAUUGCGCUUUCGAUUCUUAGGCCAUCGAUGUGAUUACCGGUACUUCGGCCGGGGAGUUUGACCUCCCUCUGUAUUUUGAUACCACCAUGUUUUGCUUGUUACGACCCGUCACGACCAUCGCGCACGUGUCGAAUUCACGGCGCCACGAUUCCCGACUUAUGGGACACGAUAUAAUCCCAUGCAUAUUGAAGAAGUGUUCAGUUGAAUUUAUGGAUUGGAAUACAGUACGACGAAAUUUUUCAUGGAGAGAAUUGUUGAAUGAGGAAUCUGUCACGACGUCUGAGCUGCGAGACUCAUAAUCUUCUGUCUGAUAUCCAUCUUAUUUUAGAAAUUUUUUUGUUUGUUUCGAAAUACUAGUGAUACCCUUGGGCAUCAUCAAAAGAAUAUAGCAUCCGCCAUUUAUAUAUGUGCGAAUUUCAUGGUACCGU